GUCGUGUGAAACUUGACGCCGCCAUUACUUGGCGUGCCCAGGGUGAAGAAGUGGAGUCGAGCGAGGAAGGUCCCACGCGAGGGUGCUCGUCCACGAUGAAGCUGCGCUGAAAAAGUUCGCCCAAGUUGUCACGGAGGAAUUACUUUCCGGAACUUUCCGCGCCCGCGUCGCCCACGAACACGCGCUGCUGGAGUCCACCAUGAUGUCUGACGCCAGCGAGAUGUUGGCAGCGGCCUUGGAGCAAAUGGACGGCAUCAUCGCAGGCUCCAAGGCCAUGGACUAUUCCAACGGGCUGUUCGACUGCCAGUCGCCCACGUCGCCUUUCCUGGGCGGCCUGCGGGUGCUGCACCUGUUGGAGGAUCUGCGGGCGGCGCUGGAGCUUAUGGACAAUGAAGAGCGGGACAACCUCCGCUGUCAGAUCCCCGACUCCACCGCAGAGGGGCUGGUGGAGUGGCUGCAGGGGAGAAUGACUAACGGCCACGGCUCUGAGGCGGUCCACCAGGAACGUCUGACCCGACUGGAGAGCGACAAAGAAUGUUUUGUUCUUCAGGUCAGCGUUCUAACAGACCAGGUGGAAGUGCAAGGCGAGAAGAUCCGAGACCUGGACAACUGCCUGGAGCGUCACCGGGAGAAACUCUGUGCCACCGAGGAGCUGCUUCAGAAGGAGCUGUUGACCCGCUCGGCACUGGAGGCCCAGAAGCUGGAGCUGCUGACGGAGGUGUCCGGUCUGAAGCUGAAGCUCAGCACUGUGGAGAGAGAGAGAGAGCACAGAGAUAAUGAAGGCUUGUACCAGGAAGUGAGCGAGCUGCGGUUCCGUGUGGCCGACAUGGAGGGCGAGCGGCUGCAGUGCCAGAAGAAAGUGGCAGCUUUCAAAGAGGAACUGCAGCUGCUGCAGAAGGAGCUGGAGGAGCGAGAGGCGGAGCUUGGAAGGCUGAAGGAGGAGAGUCGGCUGAGGGCGGACGCGGGAGAGAGAGAUGCAGAAAUGUUGAAGAUGAAGACGCUGUUGGAGUCGCUGAUGGCCGCCAACGACGAGAAGGAGCGACGGAUGGGAGAGUUGGAGACCACACAGGCAGAGAAAGUGGAGGAGAAGGUGAAAGAGACGCCAAAGGAAGACGACUACCAUGACAUUCCAGAUGAUCCCUCACUUCCUGGUGGCGUCACGCUAUGCGAGACAGGAAGGAUCUCGGCGGAGUCCAACCCGUGCAUCGCAGCGCUGGACGAGAUGAAGCAACUGGAGCGAGAGCGCCAGCUGCUGGCAUCAGAGAGACCACCAGAUGGCGCCACAGACAGCUGCAAUGUGCAGGCCAAACCCAAACCAGGAGCUUCUGCUUCAAACGGCACGAGUGAUAACGCUUUCGGGACCAAGAGGGUCCGCGCGUCGUUUGGCCGCGGCUUCUUGAAGCUGCGCGGGGGCAAGCAGACCAGGAGCACCCCGAACCUGAACCUGGCCGAGGCGCAGCGGAAAGGAGCAGAACACCUGGACUUGGCGGCCGCGGCUCCACCAGAGACCAAGAAGAAGUCCAAGGGCUUAAGGAAGUUCUUGGGCAGGCUGAAGAGGAGCCACUCCACCUCCUUGAACCUGGACGACGCUAACGAGAUGGAGUUCAGUCGAGGCGGCGUCCGAGCCACCGCCGGCCCCCGUCUGGGUUGGUCCCGCGAAUCCAAAACCAAUGCUGCAGAUGUCCCCUUCUCGCGCUGGACCAGAGACCACGUCUGCGAGUGGCUUCACCAACAAGGCCUCAGCUUGUACGUUGCACCGGCUCACAACUGGAUCCGGUCCGGACAGACCCUCCUGCGGGCGUCCCAACACGACCUGGAGAAGGAGCUCGGCAUGAAGCAGCCGCUCCACAGGAAGAAGCUCCGGCUGGCCCUGCAGGCUCUGGACUCCCAGGACCACCUCAAAGGCCAACUGGACCACAACUGGGUGACCCGCUGGCUGGACGACAUCGGCCUGCCGCAGUACAAAAGCCACUUUGACGAGGCCCGAGUGGACGGAAGGAUGCUGGACUGCAUGACGGUGGAGGAGCUGCUGUCCUUGAAGGUGGGCAGUGUUCUCCACCACCUCAGCGUCAAAAGAGCCAUUCAGGUCCUGCGCAUCAACUCCUUCUCGCCCAACUGUCUCAGGCGACGGCCGUCUGACGAGAACCACAUGAGUCCGGCCGACGUGUGCCAGUGGACCAACCACAGGGUGAUGGAGUGGCUGCGCUCGGCGGACCUGGCCGAGUACGCUCCCAACCUGAGGGGCAGCGGCGUUCACGGCGGGCUGAUGGUGUUGGAGCCGCGCUUCACGGUGGAGGCGCUGGCGCUGCUGCUCAACAUCCCCGCCAGCAAGACGCUGCUGCGGCGCCACCUGGCCACGCACUUCCACCUGCUCGUCGGCGCCGAGCCCCAGCGACUCAAGCAGGAAUGUCUGGAGAACCCCGACCACGCCGUGCUCACCGCCGCCGCCAAGGUCAAGCCCAGACGUUUGUCCUUCGGCACGCUCAGGAAGAAACGCCACGAUGACGGCGAGGAGUACGUGUGUCCGAUGGACGUGGACCACGGCUUCCACGCGGGGCUGCGGCUCUUCCGGGACAACUUGGAGCAGAUGGAGGACUCUGAGGGCACCGUGAGACAGAUCGGAGCUUUUUCUGAAGGCAUCAACAAUCUGACGAGCAUGCUGGAGGAGCAGGAAGUCUUUGGGGAGAUGUCAGCCAUCUCACUAGAGGGCGCUGCUGCUCACUGAAAGUCUUCUUCACUGACAUCCACAAAAUACUACAAACUUUUCUGCAUACAAGUCAGUAAUAUUCAUGCAUUUUACACAGUUUUUACGCUUUUUUAGCAAUAAACAAUUCAACAAAGA